AUGCCUCACAAGCUCUCCAACGACUCCAAUUCCACCUUGGCCAGCGGAGUCAGCAGUACAUCAGAUCAGGGCGGUGCGACGGAAGUCCGAGCUAUCAGUUCCGUCCGCAAACCGCCCGUUAUCAUCCACAACAAAGGCGGCCAAAUCUAUGACGAAACACGGCCGUCAGAUUGGGAUAAACAGCGAUGGAAGUAA